AUGAUAAAGGGAUUUAAGGUUUACAAUGUUAAUGUACUUCAAUCCAAUUCUGAUGCGAGUCCUAAUGAACUACAGCACGUAUCCUCGUCUUCAAAAAAUCAAAAAUCUUUUGUUUAUCCCAUGGAUCAUUAUUUUCAUAUUGCGAUUGAGAAACAAUUAGCACCACAAAAAAAUAAGAACAGAACAAAAUGUAAAACACUUACUAUUUUUGAUACUCGUGGAAACUUUUGCAAGUUUAACGCCAGAUCGGCCUUUACUAUCACAAGAGUGGACACACAAGAUCAUCAUAACAGAAAACUACACCACACCGAUCAAUACAAGUCAAAAGCUUUAAUCCUGAGACGAGGACAAGACUUUAUUCUUGAUGUCUACCCAAGUACGUCAUUUGACAACAGUAAUUAUAAGUUCUACAUCGAACUAUGGACUGGCAGAAAACCUCGUGAGUUUGAUCGAACGUUGAUCAAAAUUCGGAUGGUGAAGUAUUUGGAAAGAAAAAGAUGGGGAAUGAAACGGACAGGUACACAUGAUACCAAGAUUCAAUUGAAAAUCAACAUUCCCUCAACAUGCAUCAUUGGUAAAUAUCAAAUGAGAAUUUUGAAUAUGAAUGAUAAAGUUAUAUAUAGACAUGAAGAACCAUUGUUUAUGCUGUUCAACCCAUGGAGUACAGAUGAUGAAGUAUACAUGCCAAACACAUCUGAUUUGGACGAGUACGUCUUAAAUGACCAAGGUGUUCUCUUUCAGGGUUCCUCUGGACAUAUCUCACCAUUAAGGUGGUACCUUGGACAGUUUGAAAACGUUGCAUUGGAAGUUUUGUUUGAGUUAUUAAAGACGACUAGUAUUCGGCGAAGAGAUUCUGCAAGAGAAAUUGCGCGACGAAUAUCUGCAUUUGUGAGUGUUUCUUCUGUUUUUUUUGUUGUGUUUUUACAUAUAUAUGCCACCACGUAUUUCCUAUUAAUCAACUCUCAAAUUCUUCAGGUGAAUGCAAAUGAUGAAGGUGGAAUAAUUGCAGGUAGAUGGAGCGGUGAUUAUUCUGGUGGAGUAGAACCAUGGGCGUGGACUGGAUCUCCUGCUAUGUUGGAACAAUACAUGCGAACAAACAAACCUGUCAAAUACGGACAAUGCUGGAACUUCUGUGGUGUCGCAACUACGUUACUUCGUGCAAUUGGAAUUCCAACAAGAGCCAUCAGCAAUUUCAAUUCUGCGCACGACACUGAUGCAAAUUGCACAUAUGAUCGCUACUAUGACGAAAAUGGAGAAUAUAUUUCAAAACUUUCAACAGACUCAACAUGGAAUUUUCACUGUUGGAAUGAUGUGUGGAUGGAACGACCAGAUCUUCCACCAGGCUAUGGAGGAUGGCAAGCAGUUGAUGCAACACCACAAGAAAGAAGUCAAGGUAUUUUCCAGCUUGGUCCAGCUCCAUUAAGAGCAGUCAAAGAAGGAAACGUGAACAUGAAGUAUGAUGUUCGUUUUGUCUUCGCUGAAGUGAAUGCUGACACAGUUUAUUGGGGCAAAAUUGAUGCCGACGAUGAGUUCCGACCUGUUCGAGUGGACAGGAAGCUAAUAGGACAAAACAUUAGUACAAAAGCUAUUGGGCCAAACACAUUUAAUCGCGUCGACAUUUCAGAAGAAUAUAAAUACCCAGAAGGUUCUGCGCUUGAGUUAGCAACGGUCAAACGUGCUCUUCAUUUGUCGAAUAAUAAAAUAAUAAAAGACACAUCAAAUGAUUUAGAUUUCAGUUUGACCACUGAACCUCAUGUUUCAGUGGGCAGCGAUAUCAAACUAAGGUUAAGUAUUAGGAAUACAGCUGCAAGAGACCUGAGUACAAAGGUGAUGAUUGGUGGCCAUAUUGUGAUGUACAAUGGAAUGUCACUGGAUAAAAUUGCUGUCAAAAAAUCUGAUGUUAAAGUUAAUCGAAAGGGAGGUGAGAUUUGCUUUUUGUAAAAAAGAAAUUAAAUUUGAUGACUUUAUAUAAAUAGAUGCGUGUUCACUUAGAAUACAUUCGUAAGCUUACGUACAUAAACCUAAAUAGUAAAAAAUUUAGUCCGAAAAAUUCAUCUAUACUCGAUAUUCAAAGCAAUGAGAUGAAAAAAAAAUUAUUGGGUAAAAUUAUCAACUGGUUAUGGUUUUUGUACAUAAACCUUCCCCCAUCCCCCUUAACCUUGAUACGAUUCUUAAUACACCGAUACUUACUACGACCUCUGCUACGACCUAUGCCACGACCCUUGCCACGACCAGCCUUGCUACGACCGCCUUUGCUACGACCACCCUUGCUACGACCACCUUUGCUACGACCACCUUUGCUACAACCACCCUUGCUACGACCACUUUACCCUUGUUAGUACUCCCUCCUCCCUGCUCUACCAUAUACAUUGCAUUGCCUCUUAGCAUACACGUUGAUCGUUGUAUAAUUUUUAUAGUGGUUUAUCACACGGCACUUUUUCCCGCUUCUCAGUAUCUGCGAUUCUUACAUCAAGCACCGCGAUUGAGAUUCCACGUAUUCUGCACAUGCGUAGAAACGGGACAGAUUUACGUAACAGAAGCAGUAGUCAUGCUUGGUCGUCCAGCAUUGGUGUUUGAACAUUUCCCAAGCUACUGGAGCAAGGGAACUGAAAUGAGAUUCUCUGUUCGUAUACAGAACCCUCUAAAUGUCGCGUUAACAGAUUGUAUCCUGAGAUUGGAUGGUAAUCUAAUGGAAGGUAGAUUGACACUCCCUCAACGGGACGUCCCUGCAAACGGAUAUUUACAGAUGCCAGUUCAGUUGACGCCAGAGUACGAAGGCCGAAAAGAUUUGAUCGCAACAUUCACUUCGAAACAGUUGGGUGGUUUCAGAGGUUCAACUUAUCUUGAAAUCAGAGCGUAAUAACUUUAUAUUAUAUUCUAAUGAGGUAUAUAAUAUAUACAUCAAAUAUUUACAUACUUAUUAUAAGCAUAUUUCGUUUUAAGUACUUCAAGGUUUUAACGGAAAGUCCAUUUUAUAAUUCACAUAUUUAUUAUAUAUUUAUAUAUUCAUUUUUUAUAUUUUUCAUAUCUUAUUUAUAUAUAUAUUUAAGUUAAUUUCAAUUUAUAUUAUAUAUAUUUAUAUUAUAUCAUAGGUUAAGCAAUAAGAUUUGGCUAUUUUAUUUACACGUUUUUAUAUGGAUUAACGAUAUAAGAAAGGAAAGUUUUUUUAUAAAAGGAUACAACAAAUAAAAACACUGAGAAUUUUGCAAGGCUAUGCAUUUUAAUGAAGCAACAACAACAACAACGACGACGACAACAACAACAACGACAACGACGACAACAUAAAAGACGACGACAACAGCAACAACGACGACAACAACAACGACAAUAACAACGACGACGACUGACAACAACGACGACAACGACGACGACAACAACAACGAUUACGCCAAUAACGCCGACGAUGACGACAGCUUCCUCUUUACUAGUCAAAAUUUAGUAUAAUGCUUAAAUAAAUAUUUCAACGGGCGUUAUUAAUAACAUGCAGGGAGGGGGGAGAGUAAAAAAAAGUUAAACACAAAAAAGUGUACUAAUAGCUAAAUAUUGUUUUAUGCGUUAUUUAAUAAUGCAAUUUUGUGGUGUAUCCUUAUAUUAGAAAAGCAUUUUAGCUAAUUUUCAAAAUUGUUUGUUGAUAAAGUCCCAGCCAUAAGGAAACAUUCUGAGCUACUUAAUACAAAAAAAGUCCGUAAUAUAGAAUCUCGCCCCUCCAAGAAAAAACCCCGUAGCUACACUUCCGGCUUUCUUGUCUUCUAACGAGGUGGGGCGCAAGAUUAUGCGUUCACGAUUCACGAAAUUAAAGAUUAUAACGUUUUUAUCUAUAAAAAAUAGUCCAAAAAGAACACAAGGCAUUCGUUGGUUGAAAAUAUGAAACAUGCUAAGAGCAUUUAGGCUACAUAGUGCAUUUUUAUGUAGUGGUUUAUAUAAGAGCAAUCUUCAAAAAAACUUUCAGCCUCGAUUAGUACGAGAAAUGAAAGUAAUAGUUGAUGAGAAAAGAAAAGUGGUCAUUGCAAAACGUCUGGGGCUUAUUCUAAAUAAAUUUCCCUAUACAUGCUUAGGGUUACAUCAUUUUUGCUAUUUAUUUUUUUUCUAAUAUUUAUUAAAUAGGAAUAAUUAAUUACAAAGUUAAAAAAAUUAUAAAAUCAC